CUCUCUCUCUCUCUCUCUGUCUCUCUUUUCACAGUCGAAUUCCUUCAUCUCUCUGUUCUGUGUUUCCUUGGGACCGAUGGAGGCGGAGCAGCAGCGGCCGCGGAGAAAGGGGCAGAAGCGGAAGCUGGAGGAGGACGUCGCCGCCGCCGUUUCGUCGGCGGCCUCGGUGCCGGCGGCGGAAGAGGGGGACGACGGGGAGGCGGAGGAUGGAGGGGAGGCGGGCGGGGACGAGAUCUGUUGCCAUCGGUCCCAGAAGACGCUCGCCCGCGAGGUCAGGACCCAGGUCGAGGUCCUCGAGCGGAGCUUCUCCUGGCGCCUCAUCGAUCGCGCCGCCGCGAAGCGCGCCACCCACAUCCUCGCCGAGCUGGCUAAAAAUGAGGAGGUUGUGAAUGUGAUUGUGGAAGGAGGGGCGGUGCCCGCCCUUGUAAAGCAUCUGGAGGAGCCGCCGCCUCUGCUGGCAAGGGAAGGGAGUGCCGCCGGAGGAGAUCGCCCCUUCGAACAUGAGGUCGAAAAAGGGAGCGCUUUUGCUCUCGGACUUCUUGCAGUGAAGCCUGAACACCAGCAACUUAUAGUUGAUGCGGGUGCCUUGCGUCUGCUUGUUAAUCUGUUAAGAAGGCACAAAAAAGGUUCCAAUUGCCGAGCAGUUAAUAGUGUUAUUAGGAGAGCAGCUGAUGCAAUAACUAAUCUUGCUCAUGAAAAUAGCAAUAUCAAAACUUAUGUCAGAAUUGAAGGUGGAAUUCCACCGCUUGUUGAAUUGCUGGAGUCUACAGACCUGAAGGUACAGAGAGCAGCUGCUGGUGCCCUGCGGACUUUGGCAUUCAAAAAUGAUGGUAACAAGAACCAGAUUGUGGAAUGUAAUGCUCUUCCCACGCUGAUUCUCAUGCUUCGAUCAGAGGAUGCUGCCAUCCAUUAUGAGGCGGUAGGUGUAAUUGGGAAUCUGGUUCAUUCAUCACCUAACAUAAAGAAAGAAGUUCUUCUUGCAGGAGCUUUACAACCUGUAAUUGGCUUAUUAAGUUCAUGCUGCACGGAGAGCCAAAGGGAAGCAGCUUUAUUACUAGGGCAAUUUGCUUCAGCUGAUUCAGAUUGCAAAGUGCACAUUGUACAGAGGGGUGCUGUACGACCACUGAUUGAGAUGCUUCAGUCCCCAGAUAUUCAACUUAAAGAGAUGUCUGCCUUUGCUCUUGGCAGGCUGGCCCAGGACUCACACAACCAAGCUGGUAUUGUCUACAAUGGUGGUUUGGUUCCUCUGCUGAAACUUCUUGACUCAAAAAAUGGAUCUCUGCAGCACAAUGCUGCAUUUGCUCUUUAUGGAAUUGCAGACAAUGAGGAUAAUGUUUCUGAUUUUAUCAAGGUAGGAGGUGUUCAAAAGCUCCAAGAUGGUGAGUUCAUUGUCCAGGCAACAAAGGAUUGUGUAGCAAAGACAUUGAAAAGAUUAGAAGAGAAGAUCAUUGGACGAGUAUUAAUGCAUUUGCUAUAUCUGAUGCGAAUUGGAGAGAAGGUUGUUCAAAGGCGUGUAGCACUGGCUCUUGCUCAUCUAUGCUCACCUGGGGAUCAAAGAACAAUUUUCGUUGAUAACAAUGGGCUUGAUUUACUUCUAGAUCUACUGGGGUCUACUAAUCUAAAACAGCAACAAGAUGGUUCAGUUGCUCUUUACAAGUUGGCUAACAAAGCCAUGACACUCUCUUCUAUGGAUGCAGCUCCUCCAUCCCCCACACCUCAGGUUUAUCUGGGUGAGCAGUAUGUGAAUAGCUCCACGCUAUCAGAUGUUACCUUUCUGGUUGAAGGCAAGCGCUUCUAUGCACACAGAAUUGCUUUGCUUGCUUCUUCAGAUGCAUUUCGUGCAAUGUUUGAUGGUGGAUACAGGGAGAAGGAUGCAAGAGACAUUGAGAUUCCUAAUAUAAGAUGGGAGGUUUUUGAAUUGAUGAUGCGAUUUAUAUACACAGGAUCAGUCGAGGUUACUACUAAUAUCGCACAAGACCUACUAAGAGCUGCAGAUCAGUAUCUUUUGGAGGGUCUUAAACGCUUAUGUGAAUAUGCUAUCGCACAGGAUGUCAACAUAGACAACAUCUCUAGCAUGUAUGAAUUGUCAGAGGCAUUCCAUGCCAUGUCCCUGAGGCACACUUGUGUGUUGUUUAUUUUGGAGCAAUUCGACAAAAUAAGCAUUCAGCCAGGGCAUUCCCAUCUGAUUCAACGGAUCAUCCCGGAGAUCCGCAACUACUUCGCAAAAGCAUUGCGACCUAAUCCAAGAAACUCCUGAUCCUAACUACUCUUUUCUGACACCAUCUUUGCUAACUCAUGCUGCUGGGGGGACUGUAUACAGUUUGGAAAGGCCUUCUGCAUCGAGUGAUUUCUAUUUUCCAAGAGCAGGUUUGGGGAAGAAUGUUCUAAGCUUUCUGGAACCUGUAUCUCCUUUUUCUUGGAUGCUGUUUGGUACGGUACAUCACUAGCAUCGGAGUUGAAGCUAAUGACACUUGAAAUUUCCACUCGUUAUUACAAAAAAAAAAUACUGUCCUUUGAUUUUAGAAAACCCUGCAGUUUGGCAUCA